CAACUGUCACUUUCCUUUGUUGUUGAAAAAGCGAAUCCUACACGGAAGGGUGAUUGUUUGUUCGGGCUUCGAGAAAAAGAGUCGUAAUUAAAGUGUUCUGUGCAAAUUUUCACAAAAAAUCCUCCAUCGAACGAAACCAAACGAUAAACGGGAUAAGCGUUUAUAAUGGGAGCCGUUUUGGGACUGGUUUCAGCGGCCAACCUGGCCUGCUGCUGCACGGGAACGGCCUGCUCGCUGUGCUGCUCCCUGUGCCCCUCGUCGCUCAAGUCCAACUCGACCGCGACCCGCUUCAUGUACGCGCUGAUGCUGGUGCUCGGUGCCAUCGUGGGGGCCAUCAUGUUAGCGCCCGGUCUGCAGGACUUCCUGCAGAAGGUACCGUUCUGUGCGAACUCAACGUCGACCGCUUCCGGCUUUGUGCCGGGCGGUGAAACGAUCGACUGUAGCUCGGCCGUCGGCUAUCUGGCCGUGUAUCGCAUUUGCUUUGCGCUCGUGUGCUUCUUCGCCCUGUGGGCACUGAUGAUGAUCGGCGUGCGCUCGUCGAAGGACCCGCGGGCCGCACUGCAGAACGGUUUCUGGGGCAUCAAGUUUAUGAUCGUGAUCUGCAUCGCGAUCGGUGCCUUUUUCAUCCCGGAAACCGGGUUCGGGCCGGCCUGGAUGUGGGUCGGCCUGAUCGGAGGGUUCGCCUUCAUACUGGUGCAGCUCGUGUACAUCAUUGACUUUGCGCACAACUGGGCGGAGGCCUGGGUGAGCAACUACGAGGAGGACGAGUCGCGCGGCUGGUUUGCGGCCCUGUGCUGCGCCACCGGCGUGCAGUACGUGCUGUCGCUGACCGGCAUCGUGCUGCUGUACGUGUACUUCACGCAGGCGGACGAUUGCUCGCUGAACAAGUUCUUCAUCACGUUCAAUAUGCUGCUGUGCAUCGCGGUUAGCUUUUUGUCGAUUUUGCCCCGCGUACAGGAGUACCAGCCCCGGUCGGGGCUGCUGCAAAGCGCCAUGGUAACGCUGUACACGGUCUAUCUGACCUGGUCGGCCGUCGCGAACAAUCCGGAUGCGGAGUGCAAUCCCGGCUUCCUGGGCAUCAUUGGCGAGAAAUCGAACAAGGUACACUUUGACAAGACGAGCAUCGUGGGGCUGAUCAUUUGGUUGCUGUGCAUCCUGUACUCGUCCCUCCGCUCGGCCAGCAACGUGUCGCGGCUUCCCGAUCUGGAAAAUCAAGAUCUUACAGCUAGCGAUGAUGGAUCGAAUGCCGGCGGUCGCCAUGGCAAUGAGGUGCGUGACAACGAGGAGAGUGCCGUCGCGUACAACUGGUCCCUGUUUCACAUCGUCUUCAUCACGGCCACGCUGUACGUGAUGAUGACGCUUACCAACUGGUAUCAGCCAAAUUCUUCACUCGAUACGCUGAACGCGAAUGCUGCCUCGAUGUGGGUGAAGGUGGUUUCCAGCUGGAUGUGCGUUGCCCUGUACGGCUGGACGCUGGUGGCCCCGAUGGUACUUACCGACCGUGAAUUUUAAGCUGGUCUAAAUAAUGUGCUACACUUUUCCCGCUACAACUAUAUUACUCAUCUUGAACUAACUUUACCCGAUAGGAAUGUAAGACAAAUUAUAGUUUUUUUUUUAAAUGAAUUAAUUGUGAUAUGAAUAAGAGAGGGAACUGGAGGAGGAUGAAGAAUUGGGCGAGAAUUGUAGGCAGCAUAUGAAGCCGGGUGCGGAUAAUGUGCGUAGGAAAAUUAGUUCUGGGAAUCACAUACUCUUUCAACGCUAAUAUUAAUUCUAUAUUUUACGCAACAUUUGGUUUGAAAGUCUAGUUUUCCCAAUGUACAUAGCGUCACACAUGCACGAUCCCAGCCGGUCUAUGUGUGUGAGGUUAUACAUUUAGCAACGAUCAUCUUCAACUCCCAAAAAACAAACAGCAACUAUACGAACCGCCAAUAAAGCUAGUGGACUUU